AUGCUCCUCUACCCUACCGUACGUAAUAAGGACCUCAUCACUCACGCUCAGUGGCCGAACACCACUACCGACCUGGACCUCCUACAAGACGGCCAGCUCCCUCCUGACAUUCUCGCCCACAACCACCUCUACAGCCAAGACAUCUCUCAACAGACAUACCACUCUCAGCUACAGUCGCCCUUCAGCUCGCCUCGACUGCAAUUACACCCUUCGUCUGGCUCAUCUUCGCCCACCUUUUCCUCGUCCUCGCCGGCGUUCUCGUCAACUCGCUCUCCAGUCACAAAUUUUUCUGGAGACUUUCCCAUCUUUGACGGUAGCUGGUCUGAAGCACCAUCCAUGAGCGUCGCCUCAUCCUACAAUCCCGCAUUCCACAUUGCACCACCGGCGCCGUCGCCGUAUCCCAACGCUCAAUACUCUACGCCUCAGUACAUGACACAGCAUUCUCCUAUGUUGGCGCAGUCUGGCAUCGCAACCAACACCCACGGCAGUUGGGACACCGACGCCAACGUCCAGCUGCUCAGUCCAGCUCAUGCACAAAAGGGACUCGCUCGCGGUGCACACAAGCGAGCAGCCUCGGGAUCCUCCGGCAAGACGGGUUCAACUUCGCCACAAGCAGCGGCAACAUUUGCCGGGCAAUACCAAAACUCGAAUCCAAAAAAGUCGCUGCCUACUCCAGUGCAGACGCCAGUGCAGAACUCAUUCCUGGCCCCUGCCUUUCAAAAUUACGACCCGUUGACACAUAAUGGCGACACUGCCGCUGCAGAACAGGCAAUGAGGCAAGCAGUCAUGGAACAGCACAGCCACGGUAGCAACCACAACCACAACAAUAGUCAUUCGACCGCCGAAGACGACACCUCCUUCCACUAUUCCCUCGCCCCCUCCGUUUCCAGUCUGAGUCACCACAACUCGCCGGUGACUCCUCAAACUACAUAUGACGAGUUCGAUGAUGGAUCGAAAGCGGUAGUCCAUGGUGAGGACCGAUCUCCUGACUUUGACCGCUGGAUGGGUGAUUACUUACAGUUCGAUGCGAAUCCAGACUUUAAUAGCCAAACCGCCAUGUCAAUUGGCGUGCCCAAACUCAACCGCACCAUCUCUGAUAUCUAUCAAGAUGAGCUCUACAAUACUACCGUUGUGCCUACGUCUUCGCAGCAGAUGCGCAAAGCCAAUACCAACAUGGGUAGUCAGCCAUACCGGAAUUUGUUUGCCGACCGACUCAACGCCGCCAACCAGGGACAUCUAUCAGCUCGCUCUCAAUCACCAGCUGGUACUUCGAUGAACAGAGAGCGAUCCCCAUUCCGCCAGGGAUCUCCUUUGGCUGCAGAUUUCCGGCAGCAGGCUCGACUCCAGGCCUCUGGUCUGGGCUCUGCUUUGCAGUUGCCUGGUGCCCAGCAGGACGCUCAGGGAGAGAUCAAGACUAUUUCUCCCAAGGAUGCACUAUUGGAGUAUAACGAGGGUCCUGAUGACCUUGCCCAUGGCUUGCCAUCGCUGUUCCCUGCGAACGACAUUCCUAUCAGCAGCAAUAUGACCUCUCGCCGACAGAGCGCUACUAGCGCUUUCCAGCCUACAUUGGCCUACAAUUCUAUGGAGACGUUUCCCACUCAGUACGCUACUCAGGCUGCUGGUUUACAACAACCCAUGAACAACUUUAUGCAGCCACAAUUGCCAUCAGCACAAGAUCUCCACGCCAACAAUACAUUGCUGCAGCAAACGCCAGGUUUCCCUGCGUCGCUGCCCACUAUGGAGUCUACGAAUAGCGACAGGGUUAUGGAAACAGCCACCAAACGGCCUAGCGACACCUCGUCGGACUCGGGCACAUAUACAUGCACAUACCACGGGUGUACAUUACGGUUCGAGACACCGGCGAAGCUUCAAAAGCACAAGCGCGAAGCUCACCGGCAAACGAUGGCUGGACAGAACAAUGAGGCAGCCUCGUCAUUGGCUCUACGCAAUUCGCAAGCUGGCCCCCACAAGUGCGAGCGAAUCAAUCCGUCUACGGGCAAGCCCUGCAACUCUAUCUUCUCGCGGCCGUAUGAUUUGACGCGGCAUGAGGACACGAUCCACAAUGCGCGCAAGCAGAAAGUGCGGUGUCAUUUGUGUACGGAAGAGAAGACUUUUUCGCGCAAUGAUGCGCUUACGCGACACAUGCGAGUGGUGCAUCCUGAAGUGGAUUGGCCGGGGAAGCAGCGGCGCAAGGGACACUGA